UGCGCAAGCGCAGAAAAGGGGGCGGGGGACUCGCCUUGUUGUGUUGCUGCCCGAGAACCGGAGACGGUCCUGCGGCGGCCGAAGCUCUUCCAGCCGACAGACCAUGUCGUCUCAUUUAAUUGAGCCUCCACCUCCCCUGCACAACAACAACAACAACUGCGAGGAAGGGGAACAGUCUUUACCGCCGCCAGCCGGCCUCAAUAGUUCCUGGGUGGAGCUACCCAUGAACAGCAGCAACGGCAGUGAUAAUGGCAACGGGAAGAAUGGGGGUUUGGAACACGUCCCUUCCUCGUCCUCCAUCCACAAUGGAGACAUGGAGAAGAUCCUUCUGGACGCGCAGCAUGAGUCGGGACAGAGCAGUUCUAGAGGCAGCUCUCACUGUGACAGCCCCUCCCCUCAGGAAGACGGGCAGAUCAUGUUCGAUGUGGAGAUGCACAACAGCAGGGACCACAGCUCUCAGUCAGAAGAAGAAGCUGCAGAAGGAGAGAAGGAAGUAGAGGCUUUGAAGAAAAGUGCAGACUGGGUGUCGGACUGGUCUAGCAGACCUGAAAACAUUCCACCAAAGGAGUUCCACUUCAGACACCCGAAGCGCUCCGCAUCCCUGAGCAUGAGGAAAAGUGGAGCCAUGAAGAAAGGGGGCAUUUUCUCUGCGGAGUUUCUGAAAGUGUUCAUCCCAUCUCUAUUCCUGUCCCACGUUUUGGCUUUGGGGCUAGGCAUCUACAUCGGGAAACGCCUGAGCACGCCUUCUGCCAGCACCUACUGAGUGAGGAGCGCUGCGGGACGGCGGCCCUGCACUGGUGUAUUGUCACGUAGUUUAUCUGAACUCAGACCAUCGUAAGCAUGACCCAGCCUACCGCCCUGUUUCUACACACCUGGUUCCAGUAACUCUCCAAUCAGUAUUUUAUUCAGACUCUGACGAGGCAUUUUACUAACCUGACUCCCUUUUUGGCCUGUGAGACACUUUAGAAUUUCCUAACAGUUUACUGUUGUUUAGAAAUUUGCAAGGGCUUUUUUUCCUCGACCGCCACCAGCAGAGCAUAAUUUUGUCAGCAGUGCUGUUAUCUCCUGUUAGCACCGUGAGCUAAUUACUAGACUAUGGCAAAGAUUUUCCUCCAGCAGUGAAGCUACCCUCUCUCCAGACAAGAUCAGGUUAGCAUAAGCUUUGUUUUCCAACACAGAGACAGGCUUCUCUGAGCUUGAAUUUGUAGUUAUUAAAAAAGAAAAAACAAAAACAAAAACAACCCGCAAAAGACAAGGAAAAAUAUCCUGGGCAAUAAAGUUAUUUUAAACCAGCUUUGGAGCCACUUUUUUCCCAAGCCUCCUAAUAGCGCCUUCUGAUCCACGGGAGGCAGGCUGUAUAAAUGGUAGGUAGGAAAUAGAAUAAGAACUAACUACAUCAGCAGAUUUUAAUACUAGUGUGUUGUAAUGCCGUCUUUUCUAUGGUGUAGACUCUUUAUUUCCGAUAAGGAACGUCUCAGGCCUAGACAUAUGAAAUUGCUUUUCAGAUUUUUGUGUGUUUGGUAUUUCCAUAUGUUAGUUGCAUGUGACUUUUUCAUAACUCUUCAGUUUUUUUUUUUUUUAAUUUCUUUUAUUUUCCUGUAAGAAAAGACUUUGGAAUGAGUCCAAUUUGUGAUGUUAAUCCAGGCUUCUUGUUUUAGGAAGCUUCAAUUAUACUCUGAAGCCUUUAAACUCUGAAGAAAAUCACUUCAGAGUUAUUCCAAGCACUUGUGCAACUCCAGAAAACACCCCUGGGUGGUGGGAACAGGUGACAUUUGUGGAAGGGGCCGCCAUGUCCGCGCAGCUGCUCUCGGGCUCACUGAGCCGUCUUCCCGAAGUGGCCCUGCGAUGCCACGGACCUGCGGUCUCCUGUGGCUGCCGUUCGGUCACAUCCCCCCUGACGUUUCAGAACACGCAGCAGAUUCUUCAGUGACAUUCUUUUUUGUUUGUUUCUAAAAUGUGAAGCUUUAGGACCAAAUUUUAGAAAACAUCAAGAUUACAGAUUAUUUUGAGCAGGUUUCAUUGGAUUUCAGAACAUCUAGCAUGACUAUGAAAGAUACUACUAUAUGUUUUAUAUAUAAAUAAUUACUGUUUAUGAUACAGACCUUGCUGUUGACUAUUUAGAGGACCAUUGUUAAUCUUAAAGCUUGCAGUCUGUAAAGUGCAUCGGAGGUUAACUUGAAUAAAACACUAUUGUAGCAACCAGGUCUGCCAGUUUGCAAAAGCUAACUCUUUUCUCUCGUCAAGGUUUGUAAAGCUGCCAUGGUAGAGUGGGAAAUAACACAGAUUAAAUAAAAAUACCAAUUUCUCUCUGUCUUCAAGAACAUAGCUGGUUGUCUUUAAGAAUGAUGAUAUGUCCAAAACAGUUUUCUGAAUGAUUUUCUUUUGUUUCUUUCUAGAAUUUGAGGUCUAAAUAAUGCUAGAUAUCUUACUGGACCUUGUUUCUGUCUUACUCUUAACCCUGGUAACACUUGAUUUGCCUUCUGUUUAUUUCAAGUGUUCACAUUGGAAUUUCUUUGGAAAGUAGGUAAACCCACUGUGUUAUGAAAAGUCUGAAUAAAAUUGGGAAGGCUGGUAAAGCUAAGAGAACCAAAUAGCUGUGCUGAAAUACUACAAUACACAAUACACGGCUGAUCUCUGGGAGAGAAGAGUAAAAUUAUACUUUAAGAGCAACUUUUUAUAGGCAUUAUAUUGUACUCUUUCUGAAUUCAGUAGCAAUUUUAUCAGUGGACUUUGGGUAUGUUUAUGAUUUUUUUCCCAGCAUUGAAAGCAAAUUUAUUUUUUGCCCUAUUUCUUAAAGUAUCUGUAAAGUUAAAUAAUAUUAACUAAAAAUGAAUACAUCAUAAUACUAGCACUUCCUGUACAGUAAGCACAUGCAGGAUUUCUUGGUAGUGGCCAGAUUUUUGUUGAAUGCAACAGAUUGAUUGGAAAGGCCAUUGACAGUUGACAUUCUAAGAUUAAUGUUUAAAAAGCUUUAUACCUGUUUACAGUUUGGGGCUGAAAAGGAGGGCUUUUUUCUUGUGUCCACGAAAACUGGUUUAAGAUGUUCAUUUGUAAAACCAGGAGCAAAAGUGCCCUGCCUAGGCUGGUGACAACUGUGAUGUGUCACUGUGAUGGAGUAUAAACAUUUACUAUACAAAGGAAGAUGAAAGACCCGGCCAGUGAGGUGAAUUUCUAAAUUAUUGGAAUUAACUGAGCCAAAGUGAUUCUGCAUCUUCUAUUCAGUUAGCAUUUUGUACCAUCGUACACAGUUUACAAUACAUGUAUACCUUGUAGCUAUAAACAUUUUGUGCCAUUAAAGCUCUCACAAAACUUUC